AGUCGUGAGUUGUAAUCGCGCAAUUACGAGAUUCCGAAAGCGAAGCUCAGAGAUGGAAACGCAAUGGGAUUUUGAUUGGUAGAAUCUCUGCGAGCGCAGGCAGUCCACAUAAUAGGGGGAGGGCCAUUGAAGGGAUCCUCGAAGCUUUUGUUGUUGUCCUUCGUUCUAAUGGCGGCCUCUGCUCGAGCGUUCUUCCUAUCUCGCAUCACCGAUUUUUCAAUCAAACCCCGUCUUCCUCCACCACCUCCGCCGCCCUUGCCUUCUUUUUCUUAUUCACAUCUUGGCCUUCAACGGCGGCGUUUUCCCUCAACGUCUGGAGCAACAACUGUCAGCUGCCUUAUCUCCGGGGUUGAUGGCGGCGGAGUUUCCGAUGACUUUGUUUCCACUCGGAAGUUGAAAUUCGAUCGCGGGUUCUCCGUAAUCGCUAAUAUGCUUAAGCGGAUUGAGCCGCUUGAUACAUCUAAUAUCUCCCAGGGUGUUUCUGAUGCUGCUAAGGAUUCCAUGAAGCAGACUAUCUCUUCAAUGUUGGGUUUGCUUCCGUCUGAUCAGUUCGCUGUCACCGUUAGGGUUUCCAAAAGCCCUCUCCAUAAUCUCCUCUCUUCGUCAAUUAUCACCGGGUACACUCUUUGGAAUGCGGAGUAUCGGUUGUCUUUGACGAGGAAUUUCGAUAUCUCGCCGGAUAAUUUGACUGGCUUCGACAGGUCGAAACCGCUGGAAGUUUCGGACGUUGAGGAGAUUCGGGUGGGCGUUGAUUCUAAUUUGGAAGAUUUGGAUACAAGGCCUCGUCUCUUAACUGGUUUUUCGCCCGAGGCGUUGAAGUACAUCCAGCAGUUGCAGUCGGAAUUGUCAAAUCUCAAGGAUGAACUGAAUGCUCAGAAGCAAGUGAAUAUGCAGAUGGAACAUGGCAAAGAAAACAGGAAUGAUUUGUUGGAGUAUCUGCGGUCUUUGGAUUCUAAUAUGGUGACCGAACUCUGCAAACCAUCUACAUCGGAGGUGGAGGAAAUCAUUCACGAGCUUGUUGGAAACAUAUUGCAAAGGUUCUUCAAAGAUGAUGCUAGCUCUACUUUCAAUGAGGAUUCGAGUGUGGCGGAUUUAGAGAAACUUGCAGAUGUUGGCAGUGAGUUUUGUGAUACUGUAGGCACAUCUCGGGAUUACCUAGCAAAGCUCUUAUUCUGGUGUAUGUUAUUGGGGCAUCACUUGAGAAGCUUGGAGAAUAGACUGCAGUUAAGCUGUGUCGUUGGGCUCUUAUGAUUUGUAAGAGAAGGAAGUGUACAUUCUUCUGUACCCUACCCCACCCCACCCCCUAAGUGUCUUUAUAUUAUGUCCAUACCUUACCUUUCUAUAAUUGUUUUUUUUUUUUUCAAUAAAAGGUUUAAUUGGG